AUGGAAGAGUUGAAUUCGCUUUUAGACUUUUUGCACGAUGGUAAUCCAAAUGUUCGCCAACUUGCUCUUAACCAUUUGUUAGGUUAUACUGUUAAAUCAUCACAGUUACAACAUAUUUUUAAACAAAACAAUAUGAGACCAAUAAGCGAUUUAAAAAUUAUUUGCAGAGAAAAUCCGGUAAUUGCUCAUGAUGCUUUUAAAGCUUUAGUGAAUUUAGCAAGUGAUGAUGAAAUAUGUAAAGAAUUAAAUGAUGAUAGCUUUUUACUUCUUAUGAUGAAGAUGAUUACAGAUAGUGAGAAUAUUCUUGCUGAUAUGGCAUGCAUGCUUUUAUCUAACAUUACAAAAUAUCAAGAUAUUGCGGUGAAACUCUUGAAAUUAGAAGUUCAAUUAGUAGAGGGAUUGUCAAGUUCAACAAAAGCAAUGGACCAACUAGUUGAUGUAUUUGUUAGAGGUUUAAAUAGAGCCUAUAAUAAAGAAGCUGAAUUUCAUUUUUUAGCAAGCUUACCUCAAGGCCGUGAAUAUUUUUUGACCGAUACAUCAUAUGAUAAUGUAACGCCAUUUUCAAAAUUGAUAAUAUUUACUGAACACCCCAAUAUCAUUCGUAGAGGAGGUGUUAUUUCAUGUAUAAAAAAUUGUUGUUUUGUAAUAGAACAUCAUUUAGACAUGCUGUCACCAUCUAAGAUUAACAUUCUUCCCUAUAUUCUUUUACCAUUAUGUGGAAUGCCUGAAGAUAUUCAAUUUCUACCGUCUGAUAAGAAACGUGAACCUGAUUCAUAUCUUAGACAAACUCUUUUGGAAUGUCUUGUACUUUUAACAACCACACGACAAGGUCGUACGAUACUUCGUCAAAAAAAGGUUUAUCCUGUUAUUCGCCAAAUGCAUCUUGUUGAACAAGAUAAGAAUGUUUCGAUCGUAAUAGAACAAAUUGUAAAUAUGCUAAUGAGAGAUGAGGCACCUGAAGAAAAUGAUCAUAAUAUUGCUCUUGACACAACACAGACGUCAGAUUGGUUAAAAAGUGCUUUAGAUCAAGGAUUUAUAAAAAGAUUUGAUUAUUCUGAAUUUGAAAAUUUUCAGGUAAUUGGUAAUGGAGGAUAUGGAACUGUUAGAGUAGCUUACUGGAGAGGAGGGGGAAUAAAGGUUGCAUUAAAAGAGCUUAAUGAUGUUAACUUCAGCAGUAAAAUAAUCGACGAGGUUUCUUUUCAUCCAAAUAUUAAUCAAUUUUAUGGAGUUACCGAAGGAAAUCGAGAAAAGAAAGUCUCUGGUACUCCUUCAAGUUAUUCAAACCUUUAUAAAAAUUGCUGGACUUCCGAUCCAAGAAAACGACCAACACUAGAUUAUAUUUUAAAGAUACUUGCAAAUUUAUUAAAUUAUUCAGGAGAAAAUUUAAUUACAAAUUAUAUUGGUCAUGACAACAGCAUCUCACAGAAAAGUAUAAUAUAUUCUCUUUUAGUAUCACAAAAAAAUCCGAAUAAGUCAAUUGCAGGAAUAAUAGAUGACCAAUCCUGUAUUAUUGAAAAUAGUUUCGAUAUUUUAAAUUCUGUUAAUAAAAUUACGAAGAUUCCAGAACGUAAAGAAAGAGUGAAAAAGACCUCAAAAAAAAUAUCAAAGAAACUUAAAAUCUCUUCUGCUCCAUAUCAUAGAGAUAGUGUUCAUAUAAAAAAAGGUUCAAAUGAUGAGGUUUCGCAACAUAUACAAAAUGUCAUUCAUAUGGAAGGAGAUGUUUUAAUCCCUGACAUAAUAGAUUUUAAUUUAAAAGUUUUAUUUGUUGAAAUUAAUCCUGGAAAUUCCAGUGCAGAAACUGGUCAUAAUUUCGCACAUGAAUCAAAUCAUUUCUAUCCAUGCCUUAUUGAAAGUGGUAUUACAAAUAAUGAAUAUGUUACUUAUAUGGACGAUAGAAGUUUUCCUACUCGAUUUAAAAUCGGUAUUGUUAAUGCUGUAAAUCGUUGUACGAACUCUAAUGCUAAGAAUUUGUCGAACGCUGAAAAAUACAAUAGCAUAGAACCUUUACUUAAAAAAGUGAAAAAAUAUAAACCUAAAAUUCUGUGUUUCGUAGGAAAAAUGAUUUUUGAUUCAUUUGUUAAAUAUUGUAAAAAUAAUGGAUUACAAUCUAAUAGAAUAUUUUGGAAUGACCAAAAUGGUUUUACAAAGGUAUUCGCAAUGCCAUCAACUAGUGCUAGAGUUAAGAGCUAUGAAAAGUCUGAUAAAUUAAGAUAUUUUAAAGAGCUGAAAAUAUUAAUGGAUCAAUAA